AAUUUUUCGCUGGUCGGCAAACAGGUAAAAACGCUUUGUGUAACGUAAAACGAUUCGAGUGGAGGCAGCAAACGCAGCCACUUUUUUUUGCUUAAUUUCGCACAAAAGUCAAAACGUACCUUUUUGCUGUUCAACCGGCUGAGGAUGUAUCAAUUUGAAGUGAAUCGUAAAAAAGCCAUUGCAAAGGAGGCGACGCACAGCAACGGCCUCAGAAUGGCAUUACCUAUUCCAGCUUGGUUGAUGCUACUGACUGCUGUAAUGCUAUUUUUUUCGUCAUUAGGAGGAGUGAAUGCGACACCUGCUGCAUCUACUAAGAGCUUUAUGGAGGCUUGUCUAGAGCGGAACAAUAUCACCCACGAGGAAUUGGAUCAGUUUCCCGAUGACCCAAGCCCCGAAGACGUUGAACAGAAGUUCAAAUGCUAUGCAAAUUGUCUGCUGGAUGGGAUGGGCAUUUUGGAUGAAAAUGGAAAAAUCAUGGCGGAUUCUAUGCACGAAUGGGGUAUAUUGAGUGAUGAAAGUUAUGAGAACAUGAUAGAAUGCAAAGCGGCAAAUGACAUGGAGGAUGAUCCGUGCGAGUAUAGUUUUGGAAUUGUUAUCUGUGCGCGAGUUAAUAUUGAACAUCACAGUGAUGAGAUCGAGCCGAUCGAAGAAGAGCGCCGGAAGUGAAUAACAAAAUUAAANAUUAUUAGAAAAAUUAAAAAGAAAAAUGUUUUUAUAAAUAUAUUUUCCUCUUUAGAAUUUUUAAAAUUAACGAAGAACUCGAAUACUUUAGUUUGGGCGAUUCGAUUAAACUGUCUAAUGUAUGUUGAAUAUUUCUGGCUGUUCCUAGCUGGAAAGCGAUAUAAUAAAUAUAAAUAAUUAAUGAUUAUGUAUGUAUGUAUAUAUAUUAAAAUACAUGACUCUUUCUCUCUUUC